AUGAGAGGCGUUGAUGGGUAUCCCCUUCCCAGUCCACGUGCCAUCAGUGUGGCCGUACAUCCGGGAGUUGACAGUCCUUCUGACGACCACACAGUGAUGGUGAUGCAGUGGGGGCAGUUUGUGGACCAUGAUCUCACCGGAACUCCUCUCCAUGCAGGUGAUGUUCACUCCAAAUGUUGCGAUGGUCACACAGCAGGAGAGAUGCAUUCUGAUGUACAAGCUGGCGGCCCUUGUUUCCCGAUCACCAUGCCAGUAAAUGAAGGACAUUUCCAAAAGAACUGCAUGGAGUUUAAAAGAUCAGCCCCAGCACCUGGAAGGAAUACACGAGAACAGUUGAACCUACUCACGUCCUUCGUGGACGCUUCUAACGUGUACGGCCUCAGUCAGGAUCAGAUCAAUCACCUCAGGAACGGACCCUUCUUGAAAAUCAAGGGAGAUAAUCUGUUGCCAGAAUCCAACCAAGGCAACUGUCGAACAAGAAAUACCAACGAAUGGUGUUUUGAAGCUGGUGACGACCGUGUGAACGUGUUCCCUGGUCUGGCCGUGCUACACACCGUGUUUGUCCGAGAACACAAUCGUCUUGUCAAAGAACUUGCUGAUGUCAUGCCAUCGACCACUCCUGAUGAUGUCUUGUUUGAGGAGGCCAGAAAGAUCGUGUCAGCCAUCAUCCAACAAGUCACCUACCGCGAAUGGCUGCCCAUUAUUGUUGGGCCCUUGGCCAUGAGGAAGUACAGACUGACCCCUGGCUUCAGCUUCAGGUACAACAUCACCCAAAACCCCACCAUCUACAACGUCUUUGCCACCGCCGCCUUCAGAUACGGCCACUCCACCAUUCCACGUUUCCUGACCCUCGGAGAUCGACAUGUACCAAUAGAACAGCUCUUCAACAGACCUUCUGAAGUCAUCAAAGAUCUGGACACCGUGCUGAAGGCUAUCCUCAAGGACAGACAUCAGGAGGUUAACCGCUUCAUCAACAGUGGGAUGACUGAGCAUUUGUUUGAGACGUCGGGAAAUAACGGCUUUGACAUCGUGUCCUUAAACAUUCAGAGAGGUCGUGACCAUGGCCUGCCAUCAUACAACAACUUCCGCAAGGCAUGCCAGCUAUCGGAAGUGACUUCAUUUGAUGACAGUGUAUUUGGUAAAGCAGGACCUGCUUUGAAAAGUGUAUACAGAUCCCCUGAUGACAUCGACGUCUUCACCGGUGCAGUAGCUGAACAACACGUGCAUGGCGGAGCAGUGGGCCCACUCCUCGCUUGUCUGAUUGGUCAACAGUUUCAUGAUCUGAAAUAUGGCGACUCAUUCUGGUUCGAAACAUCUCAUCCAAGAAAGGGCUUUACAUCAGGACAACUGUCUGAGAUCCGACGAAUGCGCUUUGCUAAAAUUCUUUGUAGGAAUUCAGGAGUGAAGUCCAUCCAAAGAGAUCCUUUUACAGUGUACUCAAAAGAAAGCAAUCCUUUGAUACCCUGCAACGAUCUUCCAACAAUCGAUUUAACCAAAUGGCGGAGAUGAGAGGUUGCUUGGCCUACCCUUAAGUUCAACAAAUAAACCCCGAAGACUUGAAACAUAGCAUUUUGGUGUUCCACCAUGUAUAGCCCACACUACUAGUCCUGGUUUGUAAGAUGCCUAAAUCACAGAAUACAUUACAUUUUUGACAUUUGUGUUCAACUGUCUUCAUACUAAAUAUGUAAUGCCAAGUACAUUGAGGUAUGGCAUUUCACUAAUAAUGCUGGAAUUAUUAACGGAAAUGUCAGUUAACAUUAUACCUGAUUAUAAUGCCUACACUUUAUGAGAACAAAACGAAUUAGUAACCAAUUAAGUUAGUAAAUCCAUCAGUUACACCAUCAAAGCGUUUAAUCAAAGCAUACAAGUAGCAUUAUUAUUGGCAGUAUAUGUUUAUGGCAUUGUAUAAUUUAUUCGUCAAGGACAUAAACAUAUUCUAUAUGUAUGACUUGCACUAUUUCAUAGAUCUAUAAAGGAGGUGUUUCUUAUUUUUUGUCAUUGUAUGAUAUUGUAUAAUAUAUUGUUGAUGUGGUGCUUAAAGCAACUAUCAAUAUAUGUGUGAUCAUGUGUGAAGAUUCGUAUAUCAUCUUUAAUAGAAACAAUAUUGAACAAUACUUGUGUUAUAUCAUAUAUAACAAUCAAUUGUAUUUGUUAAUUUU